AAUACAAACAAAAAGCGACUCACCAGGAGCAAGGAACAUGCAACACCACCAACGCCAAAAUACAUAAAAGCAAAGCGAAAUUUGUAAGCUCGCUUGCGCUCAGCGGCGACCAAGAUCGGCGGUUGUGUUGUUGUAAUUAAUCCAAAUUCUGCUUCGAACUUCACGGUCCCACGAUCGGAAUUCGGGGCAGCGCUGAUGUUGGAAACUGAUUGCUUCGAUCUCGUCUGGAGCGUCGCGCGACUUGAAAUCGGAUGGACGGCGCAACGGCUUUUCGUAGUGGUGUGGUUGUGUCACGACAACUGAAGUUCAAACCAGGGUCUGUCAGGCCAGUUUGUGUUUACUUUGAGCGAGCUCAGCGACCAGUCAGCGGCAGAAUUGGGGCAGCGCAGAGCUCAAAUGUGAAUGGUGGGUGUGGCGCACGGCCCACUAAGUUACAACUGCCAUCCCAGGUUCUUGCCCACUCUCCCGUCUUCCAUCUGCAGCCCAAUCAUUCCCAAAGCAAGCGCGGGAGAGGCACAGGCCGUGCAACAACCGUCGCUCCCGCGCGUCCCGAGUUCCGUUUGAUAUUACUGCCGCUCGCUGUUGUUCGGAUAGCAACGUUGGCGGCAUAUCCAACGCCCGCGACUUCAGUAAUUGUUUUGGACCCUCUCAACAAUCGCUGGCGCCGAGUCCGUCCCAACUUUCACCUCAUCAAUCUUGCACCUUGAUCCCCGCAAAAAGCCCACUGUGUGACGGGAUCACGCAGGAACUGCUACACCCCCUAAGGAGCCCCAAAGAAGCCCCCGAGGAGCGCACAGG